AUGGCGCGAAACUUGAAGGGGAACGUGAUGAUGAAGAUGUCGGAGGAGCUGUACGGAUAUGUGCUGAAGCACACCAGGGAGCCGGAGGUCCUUGCUGAGUUGAGGGAAGUCACAUCAAAGAUGCGUGGCAGCGUCAUGCAGAUUGCCCCAGACCAAGGACAGCUUAUGGGCUUUUUGGCUGGGCUGCUGGGUGUGAAGAAGGCCAUCGAGGUUGGAGUGUACACAGGAUACUCAUCCACAGCAGUUGCAAUGGCACUCCCACCAGAUGGCAAGCUCGUCGCUCUGGAUGUUGAUGAGACGACGAUGCAGGUGGCCCGCAAGUUUUGGGAAAAAGCAGGCGUCAGGGACAAGGUGGAUGAACGCCUGGGAGAUGCUGCAGUAAGCCUGAAGGCGAUUCUUGAAGCUGAGGGCGGAAAUUCUUAUGACAUGGCAUUCAUCGAUGCCGACAAGUCGAACUACGACGUGUACUACGAGCUAUUGCUGCAGCUGGUGAGGCCCGGCGGCCUCAUCCUCAUCGACAACGUGCUCUGGGGAGGUAGCGUCGUCAACCCCGCAAGAGACGACGCAGACACGUGCGCCAUUCGGGCCUUGAACGACAAGAUCUUUGCGGACACGCGUGUGGCAACGGCCACCAUAACCAUUGGCGAUGGCCUCACCGUGUGUCGAAAGCUUUGA